AGAAAGAUUCAAGUUCAAAAAUGAAAAUUUACCUACCUGGAUAUUAUCUUCGUAGCUUGAGGAAUAGACCUCUAGUAGAAAUUGACGCUGAAGAAAUCAGUUCCACUAUCCAGGUUCAUCAAUAUGAAGUUCUAAAGACAAGAAAGAGAAAAAAUCUCAAAGCUUUUGAAGAAAUGAGCAAGUCAAAUAGAAUGGUAAAGUCUUUGGAAAACAAAAAAAUCAGACCAAUUGAAGUACCUCUAGUCCAAGAGUUCAUAAGAAAUGCAAUUGAUGAAGAACAAUGCGUUCCAGAAACAACAGAAAAUGAAGAAUUCAGCUUGACACAGACAUUAAAUAGUAUUCCAGAAAUGAGCAGUUCACAAAACUUUGGACAAGAACCCAGUAUUCAUGACAAAGAUUCCAGUAUUCAUGACAAAGAUUCCAGUAUUCAUGACAAUGUGUUACAAUCUGGAAUGUUUGAUUCUGCAAAACAAAAAACUACAUCUUUUGAUUUGCCCUCAGAAUGUCCAAGAGUUCCAACAAUACAAUCACCGUAUGCAUCAGUCAGUACACAAACUAUUAUUUACCAGGAAGUGUAUCCUACAAAUGAGUCACAUUUGCCAAAAGCAUUCAAAGCAAAACUGAAAAAGAACCUUAUGAACUCUCUUUUGAAAAGUCCAUGUUAUAAUUCUGCUAGACUUACAGGUUUAAGUUAUAGCCAACCAUCAACUCCAAAGACACCAAUGUUUAGAUCAGUUUUGUGUGCAACACCUAGAAUGCAGAAACGGAGAAAUAUAAGUUCUCCAUCAUUAAGCCAGUAUGUUCCCUUUACUCCUAUUUUACACGAGGCUGUGAGGCUGCUAGACAGCAUUCCAGAAAAAUGUGAGGAAAAUGUUGACCUGUUGAAUAUCAUAGAUGACGAUACUAAACCAGUUGAAAUGGUGGAUAAAGAAAUUGAUAUGUACAAUGAAGUCAAUGAUGCCAAUGUAGCUGAUUAUGUACUUAAUAUUGUAAAUGACUACCCUAUUCAAGAAUAUAGAGAAAUAUUUCAAAAGGUACCCAAAGUAGAGUUCAAAAAAAGAAAAUGCCAGAGAGCAAAACCAGUCUUUUUUGAGGAAUCUGAGGCAUUUAAAGAACAAAAACGUCAAAGAGACCGGGAAAGAAGGAAGAAAAGAAAGCAGAUGUUUGAAAAUAAGUCACCUCUUGGAACUCGAAGGAGUAAUCGCAAGCUGAGACCUCCACCAAAGGUAUAGGCAGCAGAAAGAUGGAUACAAAGGACUAAAGAUUAGAGCAGGAGGUGGCACUUCCAGUGAUAAUGUCGUUCCUCUGGUUUAAAGUUC